AUGCUGCCUUUCAGAUCAUCAAAGACCGCUUUGCGGUCUACCCAUAUUCAGAGGCAACUCGCCUCUGGACGCCGGCCAUUCUCAACUUCCUUCGUGGCUUCGGCUGCUUCGCCCCACCGCUCUUCUCCCCAGAAGCGUGCUCAGAGUACAGCAACGGCCACUACGACUCCUCGCCCCGUGCCUAGCCCGGCCUUCAACCAGGAACCCCAUCGCAAUGAGGUUUCGCCUCUUCAGAACCGCCAGCUCCCUGAGCUCGAUGACUCUAUGGUCGGAAUGAGCGGUGGUGAGAUCUUCCAUGAGAUGAUGAUGCGUCUCGAUGUGAAGCACAUCUUCGGUUACCCUGGUGGUGCCAUUCUCCCUGUAUUCGAUGCCAUUUACAACUCUAAAAACUUCGAUUUCAUCCUCCCCAAGCAUGAACAAGGUGCUGGCCACAUGGCCGAGGGUUACGCCCGUGCCUCCGGCAAGCCCGGUGUCGUUCUGGUUACCUCUGGUCCUGGAGCCACCAAUGUCAUUACUCCUAUGCAGGAUGCCAUGUCUGAUGGUAUCCCCAUGGUCGUGUUUACUGGUCAGGUCGUGACCAGCGCCAUCGGUACCGACGCCUUCCAAGAGGCUGACGUUGUGGGUAUCUCGCGUGCCUGCACCAAGUGGAACGUGAUGGUCAAGUCCGUGGGUGAGCUUCCUCGCCGUAUCCAGGAGGCAUUCGAGAUUGCCACCAGCGGUCGCCCUGGACCCGUCCUGGUUGACUUGCCUAAAGAUGUCACCGCUGGCAUCCUCCGCAACCCCAUCCCCAUGCAGAGCACUAUCCCAUCUCUCCCCAGUGCAGCCACCAUGGCUGCUCGUGAGAUGAGCCAGCGCUCUCUUGAUACCACCAUCAGCCGCGUUGCUCGCCUUGUCAAUAUGGCUGAGAAGCCUAUUCUCUACGUUGGUCAGGGUUUGCUUGCUCGUCCUGACGGCCCUGAAAUCCUGAAGGAGUUUGCCGACAAGUGUUCCAUUCCUGUCACCACCACCCUCCAGGGUCUCGGUGGAUUCGACGAGUUGGACCCCAAGGCUCUCCACAUGCUCGGCAUGCACGGCUCGGCUUACGCCAACAUGGCUAUGCAGGAGGCCGAUCUGAUCAUUGCUGUUGGUGCCCGUUUCGAUGACCGUGUGACCCUGAGCAUUCCCAAGUUUGCCCCGCAGGCGAAGUUGGCUGCCGCUGAGGGCCGUGGUGGUAUUGUGCACUUUGAGAUCAUGCCCAAGAACAUCAACAAGGUUGUUCAGGCUACCGAGGCUGUUGAGGGUGAUUGUGCUGACAACCUCCGUCUGCUCCUGCCCCACGUCAAGCCCGUGACUGAGCGUCCUGAGUGGUUUGAGCAGAUUAAUGACUGGAAGGCCCGUUUCCCUCUCUCGCUUUAUGAGCGUCAGGAGGUGGAUGGUCCUAUCAAGCCCCAGUCCGUCAUUGAGAAGCUCAGUGACCUUACCGCGCACAUGAAGGAGAAGACCAUCAUUACUACCGGUGUGGGUCAACACCAGAUGUGGACUGCCCAGCACUUCCGCUGGCGCUACCCCCGUACCAUGAUCACUUCCGGUGGUCUUGGUACCAUGGGCUUCGGCCUUCCUGCUGCCAUCGGUGCCAAGGUUGCCCGCCCUGACUGCCUUGUUAUUGACAUUGAUGGCGAUGCUUCUUUCAACAUGACUCUCACUGAGCUUUCUACUGCUGCGCAGUUCGGAAUCAACGUUAAGGUUCUUCUCAUGAACAACGAGGAGCAGGGCAUGGUUACCCAAUGGCAAAAUCUGUUCUACGACGACCGCUACGCUCACACCCACCAGCAGAACCCCGAUUUCGUGCCCCUUGCCAAGGCUAUGCGCGUUGCCGCUGACCGUGUCUCUGACCCCGCCGAAGUUGAGGCCAAGCUGAAGUGGCUGAUUGAGCAAGAUGGCCCUGCUCUUCUGGAGGUCAUCACUGACCGCAAGGUUCCUGUGCUGCCCAUGGUUCCUUCCGGUCGUGGUCUGCACGAAUUCCUUGUCUUUGACGAGGCCAAAGAGAAGGAGCGCAAGGAUCUGAUGCGCAAGCGCAAUGUCGACUUCGCUGUCCGCAAAUGA